ACCAAUAAGAAUACGUCCCUUUUGAUACGUAAUAACUUCGUGCGAUCGUGAAGCGUUAAAUAACACGUAUAAUAGAAUCUCGAAAAAUUUUGUGUAAAUUAUUUAAUAAAAACUAAAAAUUAAGUGAAUAAUACCAGGACCGAAAAUGCUGUUACGAGACAACUUAGAGAUGAUAGAGAAGAUGAAACUGAAGAAGGAUACUUAUGAAGACGAAAUAGAAUUAGAACGAACAAAAAUAAUGGAAAAGGGCGAUAUUAUACGACCUAUACAACGUUUACAUAUGGAGCGUUUAGAAGCCGAAGAAAAAGAAAAACUCGUUUGUUCUCAGAAAGCUCGCGAUUUACAAAAUCGACAAAUCGAAAGAGCUUAUAAAUUAGCUCAGGAAUUGGCACGUCUUAAAAGUAAAGAAGCGCGGGAAUUGCGUGAUUUAAAAUGUAACAAGAAAUUAUCGCGAUCUCCUCCAGCUUGUUUUUUGGUUGAUCUACAAUCACGAUUGUUAGAAGAGAAGAUUCGCAAAGAUGCGCAAUCUUUUGACAUAGCUCAACGAUGUUACGUCGACGAUAUCUUAAAUAAAAUGCUAUUGGAAAAAUCGGAAGAAAAAAAACGACUUUAUCUUGCCGAUUUGCAGAAUCAAAUUAUUGAAAAACGUCGUAUACUGAGAGAAUUGGAUGAGGAGAGGCAACGCGAACGUAAGAUCAUGGAACAAAUGCUCGAUGCUAUUCACGAAGAGGAUAUUCGUACGGAGAAACAUAAACAAAAAAUUCAAAGCUGUUUACAAGCUGAGAAGAAAGCUACUUUUGAAGCGAGAAAAGUAUGGAAGGACAUACAAAAAGCUACGAUUAGCGAGGAAAAUAAAAAAAUCGCUGAUAUCAUGGUUGAGAAAGAACUUGAAUAUAAAAAACAAAUGGAGAAAAAAAAAGAUAUCAGCGCGCUGAGAGAAGCGACGACGGAAAGAAUUGCGAGGAAGAUGUUGGACGAUGAGAUCAAGAUGAUGGAAAAGGAAGCAAUUUGCAGUGAAUUGUAUAUAGAAAAAAAGAAAAUCAAGGAAAUUGAAGAAUCUUUAAGAUUAGCCUUGGAAAAGCGACUACAAGCUAAAGAAAUCUUCGACGAAAUGACACAAUAUAGCAUUGAUGCAGCUGAGAAGAGGGUGAAAGAACGAGAGAUGGAGAUAACUUUAGCGCGUAAUUUGUACGAGAAACAAUUAGAACUCGAAAAGAAAGAUAGACAAAAGCUAGAGGAGAAACGACAAAAAAAUAAGCAAUAUGGUGACGAUUUGAAGAAAAUUAUAAUAAAUAAUAGAAUCGAAUAUGCAAUGAAAUUAUUGAAGAGACAACAAAAUAUUCACGACGAAUGCGCAAAAAAGCCAUAAUAUUAAUACGUUGAAUAAUUUAUUUAAAAAAAAAAAAAAAAAAAAAAAAACUUUGAUAUUUA